CCUUACCCUCUGCCCCCUGCGGAGUUGUGUUUUCUGGGAAUCAGCAAGUAAGAUCACAAGUGGUCUUUUCUUUUUUUCGCUCUCUCCCAUAAAGAAAGCUUUAUCACGUGUGGCCUUAAACUUGCAGCAAAUUGCAAAGAAAUGGCUCAAAAGCUUCAGCUCUUUCUGUGCCCUGGGAGCUGAGAUGCACGUCAGUGGCCUUGCCAGCCUGGCCAAUUCUCUGCUGACUGCCAGAAAAAAGAGGCCAGGAGGAAAGAGGAAAGAGAAGCGACUCCUGAGGGGUGAGACCAUGCCCUUCAUCUUUUCUUUUCCCUAAUCUGCUCUGCCUGUGUCCACCCAUGCUCUCCCCACCUGAUAAAAUUGUUCAAAAUUGCUGUGGAGUUUACCUCAGUUUCCUCUUUCAGUCUUGCUGAGCACAUUGAGAGGAACUGGCUCUCUUUGAUCUCUAUCUCCAGAUCAGAGUCAAGGAACGUUUUUAUAAUGGACACUUCAUCCAAAGAAAAUAUCCAGUUAUUCUGCAAAACUUCAGUGCAACCUAUUGGAAGGCCUUCUUUUAAAACAGAAUAUCCCUCCUCAGAGGAAAAGCAACCAUGCUGUGGUGAACUAAAGGUGUUCUUGGGUGCCUUGUCCUUCGUUUACUUUGCCAAAGCAUUGGCAGAAGGCUAUCUGAAGAGCACCAUCACUCAGAUAGAGAGAAGGUUUGAUAUUCCUUCUUCACUGGUGGGAGUUAUUGAUGGUAGUUUUGAAAUUGGGAAUCUCUUAGUUAUAACAUUUGUUAGCUACUUUGGAGCCAAACUUCACAGGCCAAAAAUAAUUGGAGCAGGGUGUCUAAUCAUGGGCGUUGGAACACUGCUGAUCGCAAUGCCUCAGUUCUUCAUGGAGCAGUACAAAUAUGAGAGGUAUUCUCCUUCCUCCAAUUCUACUCUCAGCAUCUCUCCGUGUCUCCUAGAGUCAAGCAGUCAAUUACCAGUUUCAGUUAUGGAAAAAUCAAAAUCCAAAAUAAGUAAAGAAUGUGAAGUUGACACUAGCUCUUCCAUGUGGAUUUAUGUUUUCCUGGGAAAUCUUCUUCGUGGAAUAGGAGAAACUCCCAUUCAGCCUCUGGGCAUUGCCUACCUGGAUGAUUUUGCCAGUGAAGACAAUGCAGCUUUCUAUAUUGGGUGCGUGCAGACGGUUGCAAUUAUAGGACCAAUCUUUGGUUUCCUGUUAGGCUCAUUAUGUGCCAAACUAUAUGUUGACAUUGGCUUUGUAAACCUAGAUUACGUAACCAUUACCCCAAAAGAUCCCCAAUGGGUAGGAGCCUGGUGGCUUGGCUAUCUAAUAGCCGGAAUCCUAAGUCUUCUAGCAGCUGUGCCUUUCUGGUAUUUGCCAAAGAGUUUACCAAGACCCCGAAGUAGAGAGGAUUCUAAUUCUUCUGAGAAAUCCAAGUUUAUUACAGAUGAUCACACAGACUACCAAACAUGCCAGGGAGAAAAUGCAAAAAUAAUGGAAAUGGCAAGAGAUUUUCUUCCAUCACUGAAGAAUCUCUUUGGAAAUCCAGUGUACUUCCUGUAUUUAUGUACAAGCACUGUUCAGUUCAAUUCUCUGUUCGGCAUGGUGACGUACAAACCAAAGUACAUUGAGCAACAGUAUGGGCAGUCAUCCUCCAAAGCCAACUUCGUGAUCGGGCUCAUCAACAUACCAGCAGUGGCCCUUGGAAUAUUCUCUGGGGGGAUAGUUAUGAAAAAAUUCAGCAUCAGUGUGUGUGGAGCUGCAAAACUCUACUUGGGAUCAUCUGCCUUUGGUUACCUCCUAUUUCUUUCCCUGUUUGCACUGGGCUGUGAAAAUUCUGAUGUGGCAGGACUAACUGUUUCCUACCAAGGAACCAAACCUGUCUCUUAUCAUGAACGAGCUCUCUUUUCAGAUUGCAACUCAAGAUGCAAAUGUUCAGAGACAAAAUGGGAACCCAUGUGCGGUGAAAAUGGAAUCACAUAUGUAUCAGCUUGCCUUGCUGGUUGUCAAACCUCCAGCAGGAGUGGAAACAAUAUUAUAUUUUACAACUGCACUUGUGUGGGAAUUGCGGCUUCUAAAUCUGGAAAUUCCUCAGGCAUAGUCGGAAGAUGUCAAAAAGACAAUGGAUGUCCCCAAAUGUUUCUGUAUUUUCUUGUAAUUUCAGUCAUCACAUCCUAUACUUUAUCCCUAGGUGGCAUACCUGGAUACAUAUUACUUCUGAGGUGCAUUAAGCCACAGCUUAAGUCUUUUGCCCUGGGUAUCUACACAUUAGCAAUAAGAGUUCUUGCAGGAAUCCCAGCUCCAGUAUAUUUCGGAGUUUUGAUUGAUACUUCAUGCCUCAAAUGGGGAUUUAAAAGAUGUGGAAGUAGAGGAUCAUGCAGAUUAUAUGAUUCAAAUGUCUUCAGACACAUAUAUCUGGGACUAACUGUGAUACUGGGCACAGUGUCAAUUUUCCUAAGUAUUGCAGUAGUUUUCAUUUUAAAGAAAAAUUAUAUUUCAAAACACAGAAGCUUCACAAACAAGAGAGAAAGAACAACGGUGUCUACAAGAUUCCAAAAGGAAAAUUACACUACAAGUGAUCAUCUGCUACAACCCAACUACUGGCCAGGCAAGGAAACCCAACUUUAGAAAAAUGACAACUGGAAGUCAUGUUAUCUAACUGGUGGAAAUUUUGCAAACAAAUUUUAAUCAAAAGCGCUCUAAAUUUGUAAUUUCUUUCUCCUUCUAAAAAAUACCUACUUUGUUUUUGGCCCUAGGCAUUAGAUAAUAUAACUAAUAACAAAUAUAAUGAAACAUAUAACAGAAGAUACAGAUGAUAAAACUAAUUUUGAACUUUUUAAUUUAUGUAAAAAUUUCUUAUAUCAUUUACUUAUUUCACUGUAUUUUUCCCUGUGCUCAUUAUAUACACCAUAUUCCUAGAAGAACAAUGUCUCUAUUGUCACACAUGGUUAUAUUUAAUGUUAUUUCUGACCUGUGUAAUGUGUCUAGGGUAAGAAAAUACUGCUAAAAAUUAACUCGUACCUUGGGCUCCUUGAAGUAUAACUCUUAUAGUAUUUUCUCUCUUGUUGUCUUUAUCUGUAUAUUUUAAUAAUGAUCUUAGGAUGGAGCAGAACAUGGAAAGGAAGAUUUCAUUUUAAGCUCCUCCUUUUCUUUCAAAUACAGUAUUUUGUGUAGAAAUGUGUAGAGGCAAAUUAUAUUGGGGAUUAGAACUUUGAAUUAUUAGCUUUUUUACUGUACAUUUAUGUGUGCUUUUUGUGUGGCACUAUAAGUGACUAUGGUUGUAAAGUAAUAAAAUUGAUGUUAACAUGCCUUAUUCUUUUAUGAAUUAAAUGAAUUUUAAAAUAUUGUUAAAUAUAAUACUGUUCCUACUUCAAUAUAUGUAAGCAGCUUCCUACUUAUAUACAUAAUAUAUUCCUAAAACAUGUUUGAAAGGUGAAUUUCUGAAAGUCUACAAUAAAUGCAAGUGUUAUAAAAGGAA